CCUCCCAACAUGUUCAAAACGUACAGUCCCGUGUGAGCAUGUUCUGCACUAAAUGAUGUUCUGUCGUACAGUACAUAUGUGAAAAUGAACGUUUAAGCUAAUUUCUUACUGUGUCUGCAUGUGCUGAAUCACCACAACACAUCUGCAUCUUCCUGUAACUUCAUUAAUUACUGCUGCUGACUGUACUGUUUGAAACAGACCAGAGACAAAAGCCCAGAGAAAACAUCUCAGAACAGAUAGAUGAAAGGAAUAUCCCAAAGAGAUAUUGUUCUUUGGACAUUACAGGGAAUUACUUUCAGUCAUCAUAUUUCUGUUUGUGCAGCCAUACAAACAAGCAUUCGGAAGUGCAGUCACUGCAUUUGUGGAUGAAGUUUCCAUAACUCAUUCAAUUCUGGUCACUAUCAUGCUUGGAGAAGCUUCCCUUUAUGUUUUGAACUGCACAGAAGAAGCCACAAAUCAUGACGGAUACAAUCGUGCACGCUCAUCUCCUUCUGUGACCUGUCCUGACGCAACAAACGCCACUGCCAGACCAGCUCUGACACCCCGAACUGUGAGAGCUGGCAGACCUGAAAGCCUGAAGAAGGCAGGACAGUGCCGCGCCUCUGCUCCCAGUAAAGCCAUGCCCAUUCACAGCUGUGACAGGGAGGAUCGCCUAGGCAUGUCAGUGUAUUGUUCCUGGUGCUGUCCCAGCAUCUACAAGGACUAUCCGGAUCUUCGGCUUGGUGGUGACCGACUGGAGCCCUGGAGUCCUCAAAACCCAGACCCAGCAGAUGACGGGCCGCUGCUUCAGUCUCAGGACCUGAGCUCUCUGGAGCCCUCUCUGAAGCCAAGCCAACAGGCUGUGACCCAACAAGACGAGGAGUAUCUAGUCAUGGAAUCCGCUCACAGCCCUGACUGGCAGAAAAGGCUGACCAACUCCAUGCUGAAUGGAUAUCUAGAGGUCCAAAUGCUGGAAGUGUUCUGUCAGCACAUGCAAAACAUGGCGUGCUGUGGCUCAUCCCUACUGGGCCCAGAUGUUAUGCCAACAUUAGUGCCCACGGUAGCAGACAAAGAGCAGACAACCAGUCGGGCAGAGGAGCUGGAUUCUUCAUCCAGUAAUGUUGUGCGUUACUUGAGCACUUGUUCAGCUCCAGCCACCUCUCACUUCAGCUCACCUGUGCUGCGAAUCUCAGAAGCGGAGUAACACACACAAAAUGUUCUAUGCUGCACGCCUGUAUUUUGACCAUCGCAUUAAUAUUUCAAGUUAUCUCUGUUGCCAAAGUAAUGUUCUGCAUUGAGUGCUGACAGCAUUCGCAGCAUGUUGAAUAGGCAUGGGCCUUGGAUAAAAUUAUCACGGUUUUGUGAUUAAAACAUGUUCUUUUUAAAUGUAAGGGUAAAAAACUAAAACUUUUUCCCCUUUGAACACAAAGUAUUUUAUUUUGAGAAACUUUUUUUUAAAGUAUUUUGGAGCAUUAAACAUGUCAGGCUAAAUAAUUCACAUGAAUCAUUGACUUUUGCUGUUUCAAUAACACAGACUUUUUAACGAUUUAAAACAGCCUCUUUAGAUAUGUUUUCUGCUGGAGACACUGUUUUGCUUAAAAAAACAAACUAAAAAGUAAAUAAAAAAUUUUCCACACACCUUAGAAACGGUAUAGCAGAAAACUUUUGGCUUUUUUAAGACACUGAAAUAUACCUCGAGACACUUUGAAAACGGUUGUCGUCCCAUGCCUAAUGUUGAUUACCAGUGAAAAGUGUCGACUCAUGCCAGCAUGUUUUAUAGAGGCUGCAAUUAUUUAAUCAUUUGAUAAUCCAGUAAAAACAGCUAAUCUUAUAAAGCAUUACUUCAAUUAAAAAAAGUAAACAC